CUCUCUCUCUCCCUCUCCCUCUCCCUCUCGCAGCCGCAAAAUCUCACAUCGCUUUCUCUCUCUAGAAAUGGCUUCCUCUUCUCUCUUCAAUGCCUCUCUCUCUUCCCUAAACCCUAAUCAACACCCCAUCCGCCGCCACCCCUCUCCCUCCCUCCUCCGCCACCGCCCCGUCGCCGUUUCCUGUGCCGACAACAACACCACUCCGAUCGAGACAUCCGUCAAACCUCCACGCCGCACCGAGAACACCAUCCGCGACGACGCUCGCCUCCACCGCUCCACCGCCGUGAACCCCUUCUCCGCCAGAUACGUCCCCUUCAACGCUCCCCCGAACUCCGCCGAGCACUACUCCCUCGACGAGAUCGUCUACCGCAGCCGCUCCGGCGGCCUCCUCGACGUCGAGCACGACAUGGACGCUCUCAAACAUUUCGACGGAGCCUACUGGCGCGACCUCUUCGAUUCGCGCGUCGGCAAGAGCACGUGGCCGUACGGAUCGGGAGUCUGGUCCAAGAAGGAGUGGGUCCUACCCGAGAUCGACGACGACGACAUCGUUUCGGCAUUCGAAGGUAACUCGAAUCUCUUCUGGGCGGAGAGGUUCGGGAAACAGUUUCUCGAAAUGAACGAUCUUUGGGUGAAACACUGUGGGAUUAGUCAUACCGGAAGCUUUAAGGAUCUUGGUAUGACUGUUUUGGUUAGUCAAGUGAACCGGUUAAGGAAAAUGAACCGGCCUGUUGUUGGUGUUGGGUGUGCUUCCACUGGAGACACGUCAGCUGCUUUAUCAGCUUACUGUGCUGCCGCUGGGAUACCGUCGAUCGUGUUCUUGCCGGCGAAUAAGAUCUCUAUGGCUCAGCUUGUUCAGCCGAUAGCUAACGGCGCGUUUGUGUUGAGCAUUGAUACUGACUUUGACGGGUGUAUGAAGUUGAUUAGGGAGGUGACUUCGGAGCUGCCUAUUUACUUGGCGAACUCUUUGAAUAGUUUGAGGUUAGAAGGGCAGAAGACUGCUGCGAUUGAGAUUUUGCAGCAGUUUGAUUGGCAACCUCCGGAGUGGGUGAUUGUUCCCGGUGGCAACCUUGGGAACAUCUAUGCUUUCUACAAAGGGUUCAAGAUGUGUCAAGAGCUGGGGCUUGUUGAUAGGAUACCGAGGCUGGUGUGUGCGCAGGCGGCUAAUGCUAACCCUCUUUACUUGCAUUACAAGUCUGGCUGGAAGGACUUCAAGCCCAUGACUGCAAGUACCACUUUUGCGUCCGCGAUUCAGAUUGGUGACCCUGUGUCGAUCGAUAGAGCUGUGUAUGCGCUGAAGCAGUGUGAUGGGAUUGUGGAGGAGGCGACGGAGGAGGAGCUGAUGGAUGCUAUGGCGCAGGCGGAUUCUACUGGGAUGUUUAUUUGUCCGCACACGGGUGUGGCGCUGACUGCUUUGUUUAAGCUGAGGAAGCAAGGAGUGAUUGCGCCCACGGAUAGGACCGUGGUUGUGAGUACUGCUCAUGGGUUGAAGUUUACUCAGUCGAAGGUGGAUUAUCACUCGAAGGCGAUUCCUGAUAUGGCUUGCAGAUUCUCUAACCCUCCUGUUGAGGUGAAAGCUGAUUUUGGAGCUGUCAUGGAUGUUCUCAAGAGUUACUUAGGAAGUCAAAAACUUAGGCCCUAAGAAUCAGACCUUUGUAUGUUAUUUUUAUCUGUUUUUCAGUUUUGUAAUAAGUUCUAAACGUGAAGUUUGAACAAACAAAUAGCUGUUGCAAGAUUACAUUGUUACAACUA